AGCUGCUCUCGAGUCGGUCAGUGCGCGAGCUGUGAUUAAAUUAAACAACACAAAAAAAGAAAAAGAACCAGGACAAUAGCAGACAAAAGGUUCCCGUGCAGGAAGGAGCUAGAAAGGGACCUUUUUUUCUUCUGUUCGGACUUUGUGGAGGUUUUUCUGGGAAGAGAAGCUGUGCAUGUCCCACCCGGAGCGGAGGGGUCGCACCGACUACCCCUGAGCCCCGACAGCCGCUCCGCAGCAGCUAACCGCCGGCAUGACCCUCACACGGAGCUCCGUGCUCCUCCUCCCCGUCAGCCUGCAGCUCCUGCUGCUCUCCGCCCGCAUGCAGGUUUCUUCCGCCUCGGGACACUUCGAGCUCCAGAUCCUGUCGAUGCAGAACGUGAACGGGCAGCUGCAGACCGGCGCCUGCUGCGACGCCGGCGGCCCGGCGGACGAAUGCGACACCUACUUCCGGGCGUGCCUGAAGGAGUACCAGCUGAAGGUGUCCUCGGCCGGGCCCUGCAGCUUCGGCAGCGCCUCCACGCCCGUGCUCGGCGGGAACACCUUUUCUUUGCGCGGAGCCGCCGAGAGCGACAAGGCCGGGAUGGCGCUGCCGUUCAGCUUCGCGUGGCCGAGGUCGUACACGUUGAUCGUGGAAGCCUUGGACUUCAACAACGACUCGACCUCCGGCAGCGUCGGCGGGGCGCUGAUCGAGAAGGCCGUCCACUCGGGGAUGAUCAACCCCAGCCGUCAGUGGCAGAACCUGAAGCACAACGGCCCCGUGGCCCAGUUCCACUUCCAGGUCCGCCUCAGCUGCGACGAGCACUACUACGGCUUCGGCUGCAACAAGUUCUGCCGCCCGCGAGACGACUUCUUCGGCCACUACGAGUGCGACCACAACGGCAACAAGACGUGCCUGGAGGGCUGGGCCGGGCCGGACUGCAACACCGCGAUCUGCAGGCAGGGCUGCAGCACAGAACACGGAUCCUGUAAAGGUCCCGGAGAGUGCAAGUGUCUGUACGGCUGGCAGGGGGAGUACUGUGACCAGUGUAUCCCUCAUCCCGGCUGUGUUCACGGCAGCUGUGUGGAGCCCUGGCAGUGUCUCUGCGACACCAACUAUGGAGGGCAGUUGUGUGACAAAGAUCUGAACACGUGCGCGACGCUGCAGCCGUGUCUGAACAGAGGAACCUGCAGCAACACGGGACCAGACAAGUACCACUGCUCCUGCCCCGACGGCUUCUCGGGGGUCAACUGUCAUCGAGCGGACCACGCCUGUCUGUCCAGCCCCUGUCUGGGCGGAGGAAGCUGUGUGGAGACCAGUCAGGGUUUCGAGUGUCGCUGCGCCCCCGGGUGGACCGGACCCUCCUGCUCCGACGAUGUGGACGAGUGUCUGGGGAACCCCUGCAGGCACGGCGGGAGCUGCCAGAACAUGGAGAACGGGUUCCAGUGCACUUGCCCGCCUGAGUGGACCGGAAAGACCUGCCUCCUCGACGCCAACGAGUGUGACGACAGCCCGUGCGCCAACGCCAACUCCUGCCGAAAUCUGAUCGGAGGAUACUUCUGCGAGUGCGUCCCGGGCUGGACGAGCCCGAACUGCGACACCAAUAUCAACGACUGUCGAGGUCAGUGUCAAAACGGAGCGACGUGCAAGGACCUGGUGAACGGUUACCGAUGCGCGUGCGCUCCGGGUUUCGCCGGCGAACACUGCGAGAAAGACGUGGACGAGUGCGCCGGCGGGCCGUGCCUCAACGGCGGCCGUUGCCACGACGCGGUCAACGGCUUCCACUGCCUGUGUCCCCCCGGUUUCUCUGGAAGUCGCUGUCAGCUGGAUAUCGAUUACUGCCUCCACAGUCCGUGUCAAAACGGCGGCCAGUGUUUCAACCUGGCGGCGGAAUACGUCUGCAAAUGUCCCGACGACUUCGAGGGCAGGAACUGCUCGCGCCUGAGGGACCACUGCCGCACGACGCCCUGCAAAGUGAUUGACAGCUGCACGGUGGCGGUGGCGUCCAACAGCACGCCGGGCGGGGUGCGUUUGAUUUCGUCCAGCGUGUGUGGACCCCACGGGCGGUGUCUGAGUCAGGCCGGCGGACAGUUCAGCUGCGAGUGCGAUGAAGGUUUCACCGGGACGUACUGCCACGAGAACAUCAACGACUGCGAGAGCGCCCCCUGUCUGAAUGGAGGAACCUGCAUCGAUAAAGUCAGUCGGUAUCAGUGCAUCUGCACCGUCGGCUGGGACGGACCGACCUGCCAGAACAACAUCGACGACUGUAGCUCCGCCCCUUGUCGUAACCGCGGCGUCUGUCGAGACCUCAUCAACGAUUUCCGCUGCGAGUGCAACAACGGCUGGAAGGGCAAGACCUGCCACUCGAGAGAGAGCCAGUGCGACGAGGCGACCUGCAACAGCGGAGGAACCUGCUACGACGAAGGAGACGCCUUCAAGUGUCUGUGUGCCGCUGGCUGGGAGGGCGCCACCUGCAACAUCGCGAAGAGCAGCAGCUGUGUGCCGAGUCCCUGUGAGAACGGAGGAACCUGCUUGGUGGCCGGAGGCUCGUUCAGCUGCCUCUGCAAGGAGGGCUGGGAGGGCGCCACCUGCAGCCACAAUGCCAACGACUGCCGUCCUCAUCCCUGUUACAACAGCGGCACCUGUGUGGACGGAGACAACUGGUAUCGGUGUGAAUGCGCUGCGGGGUUCGCCGGCCCGGACUGCAGGAUCAACAUCGACGAUUGCCAGUCGUUGCCCUGCUCCUUCGGCUCCACCUGCGAGGACGAAAUCAACGCUUUCCGCUGCGCCUGCCCGCCGGGGAGAACCGGCGCCCGCUGCCAGGAAGCGUCGGGGCGGCCCUGUGUGGUCGGGGGGCUCGUGGCUCUGGACGGAAGCCGGUGGGACGAAGGCUGCAACGCGUGCCGCUGUCACAACGGGAGGAUCGUCUGCACCAAGGCGCAGUGCAUUAGCCCCGCCCACCGGGCCCCGCCCACAUCCAGGUGUCACUCGGAGAGCAGCUGCGCCAACGUCACCUUCACCUUCAACAAGGACAUCAUGGCGAUGGGCGUGACGGUGGAGCAGGUGUGCCGCGAGCUCAGGGGCCUCUACGUCGGCAAGAACCUCUCCUCCUCCUCCUCCUCCUCCUCCUCCUCCUCCUCCUCCGUGACCUGCGAGCCGUCGCUCAGCGCCAGCAAGGAGAUCCACGUCGCCAUCUCGACGGAGGACCGGCGGAGAGGUCUGACCUUCGUGAAGGAGGUCACGGACCGGAUCAUGGAGCUGGUCGCCAAGCGGAGCGCCAACAGCACCGUCAUCGGCGCCAUCGCAGAGGUCCGGAUCCAGAGGAGGCCGAGCCGCGGCCCCGACGCUGACCACCUCGUGCCCCUCCUGGUUUCCGCGGUGCUCGUCGUCUGGGCGUUGGCGAUCGCCUCGAUGCUGCUGUGGUUCGCGAGGAGGCGGAGGAGGAAGCGGAGCGCCCGCGCGGGGGUCAGCGCGCAGGCGGCGGCGGCGGCGGAGGAUUCGGCGUCUUUUGCGCCGGUUGCCGAGGACAACAACGCCCUCCACAACAGCGUCAGCACCGCCCGCGAGCAGCUCAACCACAUCAAGAACCCCAUCGUGAAAAACACGCCCAACCACCACCACCCACACAACCACCACCACCUCCUCCUCCACCACCACCUCCUCUGCGACGACAAGAACGCCGUCAACGCCAAGAUCAGGAAGUCGGACGCCGGGAGCCAAUCGGAGGACGACGAGAUGGACAAGCGGCUGCAGAAGGCGCGGUUCCCCCGGGCGGCGCCGGCGUACUCGCUGGUGGACUGGGAGGACCGCCCCCCCCCACACCGGACUAGCAAACGGGACAACCGGCAGCUGCAGUCGCAGAGUGUCAACAGGAUGGAGUACAUCGUAUAACCACCGGGGCUCCGAGUGAGACGACUGUUGGUUAUUUGUCUUUAUUAUUUUUUUUUGGGGGAUGUUUUUAUUUAUGACGCCAGUCCGAACGAUCCACCCCGCGGUUGGCUGGUUCUCCGAUUUUCGUGGACAUCUUUCGUGAAGGACGGAACGUGCGCGAAGCACGUGCACGAGCAAUAAAGACUCGACGCGCUACGGGGAAAAAAAAAAGUAUCUUUUGUUUUCCAGAAUAAGUUUUUGUGUUCGAACGUCUGCCGUCGCCAAUUUGGGAGAAAAAAAUAUUUAUUUUGUUGUUGUUGUUUUUUUGUGGUUGGAGGGAGGGAGGGGGGCGGGGCUUGAGUCAAUAUGAAGAAUUGUCCACGUAG